AUAAAUCGUUUCUUUGCUAUGGACUUUUUUCAUUGGCUAGAAAGUAGUUUAAGGUCGUCCUUAUACUUUACUUCCCCUCUCAGUUCAAACUUAACUGAGCAAGGAUAGUAAGAUGUUAGUUAUGUGGGAUCUCUGUUUUAAAAGAUGUCGGUUUAUCACAAAGAAGUUUAGCUCAUUUUUCUUCCUUGAUAAGUCUGGAAUAAUAAAACAUUAGUUAAUUAAAGUGGUAUAGGAAAACACAUAGUCUCCAUCAGUACCAUUACAUCUAAAGUCAAUGUUGUGUCUUCUUUUGGACUAGCCAACUGAAGGUACCGUAAAUGUAUCUUCUAAAAGAGGAUUCCAUAUCUUUUGCUUUUGCAAAUGAAUAUUGGGACCUCAGGUUUAUAGUCUCAAACUUGGAUAACUGUAAGCAUUAAGUGGCUAUACAGUAUCUGUUCACUAAACAAUACAUUUAAUAAAUAAACUAGCAUACCUUUGGUCUAUACUAUAAUAUACAGGUGUUUGUCCCGUUUUAAAGCAAAGUUCUAUGAAGUAUCUGCGGUGUUUUGUUUCUGCUCUUUAUGUGAAUUGACCCUUCGUAAAAUUUACCUAAAUACAUAAUAAAUAUACUGUAAUCGGUGUACCUUACUGCAACAGAUUCUUUAAAAUGAGUUGGAUGUUCCACUGCACUUUAAUAAUAGUGGCAUGUUUGCGGUUUACAAGUGCUGAUACUCCUGCUAACUGUACUUAUGAAGAUGCACAUGGUCGAUGGAUGUUUCAUAUCGGUGAUUAUAAAUCUAAAUGUCCUGAAACUUGAAUUCGAAACAGUCUGUCGUUAUCAGUCUCUUAUACCCGGAUAUUGCUAUUGAUGCAUCUGGAAACCGAGGACAUUGGACUCUAAUCUAUAAUCAAGGGUUUGAAGUAACAAUAAAUCAUCGCAAAUGGCUAGUUAUAUUCGCUUACAAAUCAACUGGAGAAUUUAAUUGCCAUAAAUCUAUGCCAAUGUGGACACAUGAUACUUUAAUUCGACAGUGGAAGUGUUUUGUAGCCGAAAAGAUUGGAGCGAAUGAUAAGUUUCAGACUAAUAAAUUAUUUGGUUCGAAAAGUUUUGGUCGAAAUCUCUACCGCAUUAACCCCUCUUUUGUCGACAAAAUAAAUGAACAUCAAAAAUCUUGGCGAGCAGAAAUUUAUCCAGAAUUAUCAAAGUAUACAAUAGAUGAACUUAGAAAUCGAGCUGGUGGUGUAAAGUCUAUGGUUACAAGACCUUCAGUGCUUAAUAGGAAAACUCCAUCAAAAGAACUAAUUUCAUUAACUAAAAAUCUUCCUUUGGAAUUUGACUGGACCAGUCCACCAGACGGUUCUAGAAGUCCUGUUACACCGAUUCGUAACCAAGGUGUAUGUGGAAGUUGUUAUGCGUUCGCCUCUGCUGCUGCACUCGAAGCUCGUAUUCGUUUGGUUAGUAAUUUUUCGGAGCAACCUAUCUUGUCUCCUCAAGCUGUGGUUGAUUGUAGCCCCUACUCUGAAGGAUGUAAUGGAGGUUUUCCUUUCUUAAUUGCUGGAAAAUAUGGAGAAGAUUUUGGUUUUGUCUCAGAACGUUGUGAUCCAUAUACUGGUAAAGAUACUAAAAAGUGUAAUGUAUCAAAAAACUGCACACGUUACUAUACGACAGAUUAUAGUUAUAUCGGUGGUUAUUAUGGCGCUACUAAUGAAAAAUUGAUGCAGUUAGAACUUGUUUCUAAUGGUCCAUUCCCUAUCGGUUUUGAAGUAUAUGAUGAUUUUCAAUUUUAUAGAGAAGGCAUCUACCACCAUACAACAGUUCAAAACGACCAGUACAAUUUCAAUCCAUUCGAAUUGACUAAUCAUGCUGUUUUAUUGGUUGGUUAUGGUGUGGAUAAGUUAUCCGGUGAACCAUAUUGGAAAGUAAAAAAUAGUUGGGGUGCUGAAUGGGGUGAACAAGGUUACUUUCGAAUACGUCGUGGUACAGAUGAAUGUGGUGUAGAAAGUUUAGGCGUACGUUUUGAUCCGGUGUUAUAAAAUCCUUUUACACUGAGAUGGAUGUUUGUUUCAACAUAGUUUUAUUUAAUUUUUAUAUGAUUAAAGCGUUCAAAAAUGGAACAGUUGAUAUCUGUCUCUUAUCAUAUGAACUAUUUUGAUUACGUAUUUUUCUUUAUGAUCAUUUGUUUAUAAUUACUAGACUUCUACUCAUCCAUUAGAAAUACAUACAUACAUGACAAAUCAUUAAAUAAACUUUAUUACUGCUGAAAUCUUCGAUAUUGUAAUACACAAAUUUAUUAUUUACUACCAUAUCUUUCUUUUGAUGUGUGCCUGAUCUUACGUUUCAGCUAACUGAUUGAUAUAAGUUCUAAAUGCAAAAAUAGCAUGACCACCCAUUGUUGGAUGAUUUUUUCGAUAUGGAAAUCAGCUUUGACAAACGUUUCAUGAAAGAAAGUUCUCAAAACUAGUACAUAAAUAUAAAACACUUCAUACAG